AUGAAUGCGAUCGAGCAGUCCCCCGAGCAGCUUCCCGCGCCGAAUGCGCUGGCGCAUUUGACUAGAGUUCCGAUCGCUCAGCUCUCUCCCGACAUUGAGCAAGUGGCCGAAAAGUCUUUUCUUGCAGCUGUGGCACUUGUGUGGCCAUACUCCUCUUCAACCAAGUCUGUGAGCCUUCUGUUAGCGGAGCCGGAUUUCCGCCUGAGGGGCGCCAAAGGACAAAUCAAGGCCACGUUCCAUGGGCGGGUCGCAGAAAAGGUCGCAGAAUCGCAUAUCGGAAUUGGGGAUACUGUUUGUCUGGCCUUGAAAGAUGUCAAGUUUGUCAGCAAUGACAGCGUCCAGCAAACUCCGGGAAGGUCAGUCGCGUGGGAUGCGCACUGGGAGAAUGGCGUGUUUCUCGAGAUCUACCGAUCUUCCCAGCCUCCGUUGAUAAUAUCAGUUGAGCCGCAAGUGACAGCACCGCAUGAAACCGAACUCGCACCGCCUACAACUCCUAGUGGGAAAUCUAUCAACCCCGAACUCAACCUGCCUUCUAGUGCACGCCUCUGGGGAUCACCGGUAUUCCUUGAGUCUGCCCGAACCUCAUUCGGAGGAACAAUCCGUCCCACCUUCCAUGCUUUUGCGGAGGAAGAUGGAUUUGUUCCCGGGAAAGGUAGAAAAAGGCCGAGGUAUAGCCUUCACAGGGAAGAUUGGCGUGUUAUCAAUGAGCCAGAAAGCCCCCAUGGGCAAGAAGCCCCUGUGGAUUGGGAACAGGCUUUGAUACAAUCUAUCGACCAAGAGCUCGACGAGGCAGAUUUGGCGAGUGAGCCUUCAGAUGAGCCGAUGCCGGAUACUGCACAAGCUCCAACAUUCACAGCGGAUGCACCACAAAAUCCGCUUCCGGUGUUCGUGAAACCUUCCCUUGAAUUGACCGGGGGUAUCCUUGAAAGGCCUUCCGGCGAGUCAAGUGCUUUGACCCAUGAACAAUUUGAUAAAGAUGGAACACCCUUUCAUCUGCCAACGGAUACACCGCAGAUUCGACCCAUCCCUUCUCCGGGGCUCCCGAUCCCUUCGCCCCUUGUAUCUAAUCAUGUUGGCUCGUCUGGCUAUCCCCUGCCAUGGACUGCUGCGCCCACGCAGUCCCAGGAGAAUCGAUCUGUUCCUGUGGAAAUGGGCACCAUAGCAACACCCGAAACAUCAUCUAUCGAGACCCCUCAAACCAGCGCCAUUGAUCCCAUUCAUACGGAGACAGUGGAACGAGUUGAUCCGGAUGUUGAAGCCAUCCAGCAAGAACAUGUCUUGGACGCCGGCUUUGGCUUCCGCGAUGAUUCGGCAUCAUAUCCAAACGUAGAAGGUCUACCAGAAAAACAAGGAGUUGGGAUCAUUCACUCCGAAGUUAUUGAGGAGUCAGAUGUUGAUGCUAAUGUGAUCAUCAACACUACUGGCGACGAAAAUCAAACGUCAAAUGAAGCAGAGCAGAAGCAUACCGUCGAUAUUAACCACGACCAUCCAGCACCACUUUCGGGCUCGGCAGUUGAAUCGGAUGACUCCCAUGAUGUCAGCGGUGAAUCUACUGUCGCUCAAGUUGAUAUGGGCACCGAAAACCCCGCCGACGAAGCUCAAGCAUCAGAUGAAACAAAUGACGAACGUCUCAUCGAUGUCAGUGGCCUAUGGCGCGAUGCUUCAGCAUCACCUUCGCGCUUGGGGGAGGGCCUGGAAGAUGAAUCACUUGAAUCCUCGCAAGGGAUCGAUGGCUCAGAUAUUGCCGAAGCUGAUCUUGGCAUUGAAAAUGUUCGCCAUAAUGUUGGAUCUCACGAGGAACAUUCUGAGCCAGAGCCUCAGUCCAUCAACUAUCCACAAUCACCCACCACCUUCGACCAGGAUGCAAUUGAUGCCCUUGAGAGAAUGAUAACCGCUCGAGAUGAGGAAGUUGAAAGGAAGAGAGACAUAGAAGAUGAAAAAGAAAUGGAUUACGGCAUCGAUCGUUCACCCAGUCAAGGAUACAGUGAAGAAAAUCAUGGAAUGGCCAAGGAUGAAGAAGCGUACUAUGCGGAGUCAGUGGAUAAUUAUGAUUCACAAGAUGAAUAUGAAAACGAGGAUUACCCUUGUGAUCCUCGAUUGGAAUCGCGAUUGGACCAAGACGACUUCAGUGGUGAAGAGUCUGAGCAGGAACAGAACCUGCCUUCGCAGACCGGAACCCAAGAAGUAAUCGUGCUCGACAGUGACAGUGACGAUGAGCCUGCUUCCAAUUAUCCGGUAGCCUCAACUUCGCAGUCAACAGAACGAGAGGACCAUUCACACCGCUUCGAAUCCGGAUAUCCUGAUGUCUCUCCAGCUACAGCUGAGUUUGCAACGGGUGUACAGCAAUAUCCAGAGCCGUGGUAUGUCGGUGGAGAGGAUGGCUAUGACAGAGCUGAGGAAGAAGAUUCAGACAUCGAUGAGCGCCAAGAGAGCGAGGAAGAUGACGGGAGCGGAGACGGCGAAGAGCGUCAAUACAACCAACAGGAUGAUCGAGUUCACGAGAGUGACAUGGAGGACGACGAGCCGACCCCAGACCACUAUGAAACGGCCCAUCCAUCUGAAGUGGCAUCACCCAACCUUGAACAGGAUGAAGACAAAGAAAUGGACGACGCGGAACUCAUCGAAGAAGCUGACAACGACGAGCAUCAUUCUGCGGCCACAGUUGGCGCAGAGAAAAGUGAAGAGCGCGAAUACGAUGAACAAGACGACCGAGUUCACGAGAGUGACAUGGACGACGACGAGUCGACCCCAGACCACUAUGAAACACCUCAUCCAUCUGAAGUGGUAUUGCCCAGCCCUGCGCAAAAUGAAGAUAAAGAAACAGAAGAGGCGGAGCUCAUCGAAGAAGCCGAUCACGACAAAUCUUACACUGCGGUCAACCUUGACGCAGAGCAACGUGAAGAGAGCGAGUACAAUGAAGAAGAUGAUCGAGCUCAUGAGAGUGACAUAGAUGAUGACGAGUCGACCCGAGACCACUAUGAAACAGACCAUCCAUCUGAAGUGGUAUCACCCAACCCGCCCAACCCUGAGCAGGACGAAGAUAGAGAAAUGGAAGAUGCGGGGCUCGCUGAAGAAGCCGACGACGAGGAAUAUCAUGAUGCAGCCAUAACUGACGUAGAGAUGGAUGUGCCAAUUGAUCAGAACUCUGAUGAGGGGCAACCAGGCAAUGUUGAUCCAAAUUUGCUUGAGAUGCCUGAAUCUCAUCAUGAAGCCUCAUUCUCGGAAGUCGAAAGUCAUGCUGGGCAGUAUCUCCCUGUGGACGGACAAUCUGAUUUGCUUAUCCCUUCAUCUGCUGGAGAUGCCAUGGCCGAUUUUUUGUUGAAACAUGAACAUGAACCGACUGUCGAAGGACCCGAAGGACCUGAGGCCCUUGGUGGUCGAGUCUCGCCAUCCAUUGGGCCUUCAUUUGAGCACCAACUCUUGACCCCAGACCUCACCCAGGAAAAUGCAUCCACACGUGAGCUCGUUCGUGAUAUUGAACUUGAAACUUCAUUCACGAUCGAAGAAAAUGACGCCACUGCUGGUCUGGAUAGAAUAUCGCAUCUUGUUGGCUCGUCAGAGUCCAACCAAGAUGAUGGUCUUGAAGCAGAACCUAUAAAGGAUAUCCAACGAGAGAUGCACGUUGAUGGACAUGAUGAUUCCAUGCCUCCUUCAAAACUCGCUGAAGCCGCAGAACCCCCAGCAACGCCCGAACCUAGCCGCUCUCUGGAGGUUGUGAUCGGCGCCGAAUCCCCAAAAACACCGGCAGCUCCCGCUGAACAGCCCCCGGGACCCGAUCGUAAUGCCUCUGGACUGCGCAGCAAGCUUUCCUACUUCGCCCCGCUUGCUACACUCAUUGAUCACUACAAUGCAUUGGUCGAUACCAUCUCAAUCGUGCACGAGGCUUCACCGAUAACCCGAGCCAAAUCCGGUUCGAAAGACUGGUUCGUGACUAUCCAGCUUACCGACCCCUCUAUGGCUGGCACGACUCUUCGUGCUCAGAUUUUCCGGCGCCACAAGGCCUCAAUGCCAUCAUUGGCAGAAGGCAGCGCCAUACUCUUACGCGACUUUAAGGUUCGGAGCCUCGAUCAUACCGUGAUGCUUGUCAGCGUCGACUCCAGCGCAUGGGCAGUAUUCGACGGUUCGGGUCCCGAUGCCGAGACGAACGGACCCCCUGUCGAAUAUGACGCGCAGGAGCGUGCCUACGCCUCUGGCCUACGUCGAUGGUACUAUGAGGUUGGCUCAGAUAGGGUCGCAGACCAUAUGCUCCAGGCAGCUAUUGAGAGCGACAGCCAGGAGCGCGAUAUGACACCAAGCAGUCAAGUGCCGAGUGAGUCAGGGAGUCCGGAUUCCAGGCGUGGCUCUCAGCGCAAGCGCAAAAGCAACCGAAGAGUCACCAUUCAUGAACUGCGGGAUGGCACUCGUUACACCGAGGUCGGUUCUCCAAACAGUGGAAGCAGCAGUGUCCACGAGCUACGGGAUGGCACGUUGUAUGCUAAUAUUUGA